UUCAAAAAGAAACACAAACAUACACAAUAUAAAAUACAUACAUAUAUAUGAACAUAUUAGAUCUUUUAUAGAAGGAUGCAGCACCUUGACCCAGCUGAGGCGGAAGAUUUCGCCCGUAUACGUGACGUACAAGUGGAUAAUGUUCUACGUAUUCUGGAGGAUUCGCUGGGCCGGAUCAAAAUAUCGCUUAUACUGCCGCGAAUGGUCGCCGAUCUCGAUCAUGUGGAGCGACAGUUGCAGGGCACGCUCUAUCAGCCGGCAAUUGAGCAUUUGAAGGCCGUCAAGAGAUUGGAUGCGAUCGAUACGCAGAUGUUCAAUAUCGAAGUGCUUCGUAUAAUCGAUUAUUUCCAUCGAAAUUUCAAAAUGAAUGAACUAUUUCCACGCUACCUAAACAAUCUAUCGACCUACGAUAAGACAUUAUUGUUUGCCUUCGAAACGAUUCUGUCUGUCGCUCGCCGUCAUCUCGAGCGCACAUCGAAGGCCGAGAUAAAUAUGGAACGGCAACUGUAUGUCAUGUACCAGGAGCGCGAAGAGACCAAGGCUCGCAACGAGAGUAUCAGAAAGAAACUCAAGUCAAAGUAUGCGGCUCUACGCUGGAAGCAGGGCGUCCAAUUCGUAAUAUUGGAGAAACAUGAGAGCGAUCUGGCCAAUCGCAAGUGGAAGAACAAUGUGCGCAUCCAAAACGAAAUUGAAAAACGCGGUCGCAUUUUGCGUGAGAAUCACAAACAGAGCCUGAUUAGGCAGAAAGAAUUGGAGGAGGAGCUGGAGCAAGCAAAGGCUAAAUUCGAAUUGUUGGUCAAAAAUAAUGCGGCUAAGGAAAAAGAAAUACGCGGUGAAAAAAGCAAACUGCUGAUCCAGCUGGAAAAUAUCCUGCAUAAAUACGACUCAAGUGUGUGUGAGAAAUUGCGCGAAAAUCUCGAACUGGAAGAUAUGUUUAAGGUGGCCAAAAAAGAAUUGGACGAAUUCAUGGUGCUGUAUCGAAAGGAAGAGGCUGUCUAUAAGAAUAUUGUAGUUAAAUACGAAAAGGAAGAGCAGCGUAAACAACAACAGCGCAUUUUGCUCUACAUGAUGAAUCGGGCGGCUCGCAAGAUCCAAAGAUAUUGGCAGAAAUGGCGCAAGGAUCAGGCAAAGAGAGCCCGAAAGGCCAGGAAGAGCAAGAAGAAGUAAACUGAUCAGAACAGAGGGACAUAUUAGUGAAUGUAUUAAGAUUAGGUUUGAAACAUCUUACAAGGUAUAGAUAGUUUUUCACUUUUCUAACAUCAUAAUAAUAAACAAGUCUCAAUGAUAUUUUGAGAUAAAA